AUGGCCACAAACGGUAACCUAGACAAGGAUGAAAAUGGUAAAGAGGUUGAUGUCAAAUUAUACCGAGGCAUGAUAGGCUAUCUAUUGUAUCUCACGGCCUCAAGACCGGACAUUAUGUUUAGCGUGUGUAUGUGUGCAAGAUACCAAUCUUGUCCAAAAGAAUCACAUCUAAAGUCUGUAAAAAGAAUUCUAAGGUACCUCCGUGGAACUACCACAUAUGGUCUAUGGUUUCUUAAGGGAAAUGAAUGCUACUUGGUGGGAUUCUCCGACUCUGAUUUUGCUGGGUGCAAAUCUGACAGAAAGAGCACUAGUGGCACAUGUCACCUCUUCUCAAAUUCAUUGGUAAGUUGGCACAGCAAGAAACAAGUAUCAGUUUCGUUAUCUACAGCUGAAGCAGAAUAUGUAACUGCCGGAAGUUGUUGUGCGCAGAUAUUUUGGCUCAAACAACAACUUAUUGACUUUGGUAUCAAACUUGACCGCAUACCAAUCAUGUGUGAUAACACAAGCGCCAUCAACUUAAGCAAAAAUCCUGUUCUACAUUCACAGACCAAGCAUAUUGAAAUAAGGCAUCACUUCUUAAGAGACCAUGUAGAAAAAGGAGAAGUUGUGUUUGAACAUGUUGAGUGCAAGAAACAAUUAGCGGACAUCUUCACGAAACCUCUUGCAACCGAGCCUUUCUUCAACAUUCGCAGAGAAUUAGGGAUAUUGGAUAUCUCUAAUUUGAGCUAA